UAUAAAGUCUCUCAAAUACCAGACAUAUAAGGAACAAAAGCAACACAACAAGAACAAGUCUGCUGUGGUGCAUCUCAUUAGAAAGGCACCAUGUGGAGCGUAUUACUCCUUCUCCUGGUCCAACCUUUGCUCACCGACAGCAUGGUCUGCCCUAGCAGCUGUAUGUGCAACCUAGAGGGGGCCAUCAAAUGUGUGGGCAACAUCACGGACGUGCCCAAAGGUAUGCCCACCAACAUUUACCUACUUCAGCUGAAUGGCACCAACAUGAAGGUUCUGAACAAACAGAGUCUGGCCAUGUUGCCCCUUAUGCUGCGUUUCAGCAUCAGCCACAGCCCCCUGGACACCAUCCACCCUGAGGCCUUCCAUGUGGCCCCGCAGCUCCUCUCCCUCAAGCUGUCAUCCAACGCCCUCUCCAGCCUCCCUUCCCAGGUGUUCAGCCCCUUGGUCAGCCUGGAACAGCUACAUCUGGAUGGCAACCGUCUGGAGUCCAUUGCUCCUGUGUUGUUUGAGGGUCUGGCCAACCUGAAUGAACUGGACGUCAGUAACAACGCCAUCGCUCACCUCGCCCCCGAUGUUUUCCACUGGCUGAGUAGCCUGCGCUUCCUCAACCUGGGGAGAAACUCCCUGCAGCAGCUGCCCCCCACCUUGUUCCACUCAUUGACAAAGCUGCAGUUCCUCAUGCUCUACAACAACAAGCUAGAGGGACUGGAGGCAGGAGCCUUCGAUGAGCUGGCCAACCUCCUGGAGCUCAAACUGCACAACAACCAGAUCGCCCACAUCCCCCCCGAGGUGUUCUGGGCCCUAGGCAACCUCAUGACCCUCACCAUGUCCUCCAACCAGCUCCAGGGCAUCCCGAAGGAAAGCUUCUACCACCUUCCCAAACUCACCAAGCUCACCAUCUACAAAAACCCUCUGCUGUCACUGCCUGAUAAGUUGAUGGGCCACAUGCCCAGGAUGAAGGAGUUCUACCUGUAUUCCACCAACCUCAACACCGUGCCCUGGACCCUGUUUGCCAACAUGAGCGGGAUGGAGAGGCUCUCCCUGCACCUCAACAACAAGCUGAGAGAGCUGCCCCCUGACCUCUUUUGCUGCCUGCCCAACCUCCAGAAGCUUUCCCUCAAGUUCAACGACAUCCAGGAUCUACACCCAGAUAUCUUCUCCAAGCUGGCCAAUGUGAACACUCUGCUCCUGAAUGACAACAAGCUCCGCUCCCUUUCUGAGGACAUAUUUAAGGGCAACCCCAGUUUGGCCAGCAUCGAGCUGAAGAACAACCAGCUGCAGAAUCUUCCGGGAGAGGUCUUCUCUACUGCAGGGGUUUUAAGGGAGGUUACUUUGAGUGGCAACCCAUGGGACUGCAGGUGUGGUAUCAGAGACAUUGCAAGUUGGAUAAAGCUUAAUGAAGGUGUGGUUAGUGAUCGGACGGAUGUGAUAUGUCAUAAUCCGUACCCUCUACUGCUCCGCCCACUCGGUUCCCUACUCGAUGAAGAGUUUAAGUGUGACGUUACCACACCCUCGAGCAGCCGUACCACUCACUCUUCGACUGAAUUGAUCCAUGUUUCCACUACAGCUGAAGCAUCAGCUGCCAGGGAGACAGAGGCUGUAGAAUUCACACCCACAACUACUGCAUCCGAGGUACCAUCAACCCAACAAACAGAAAAUCCUACUGAGAGAGUCAGGUUCACCACAAGGGCUGUAGAAUUCACACCCACAAAUACUGAAUCCGAGGCUCCAUCAACCCAACAAACAGAAAAUCCUACUGAGAGUGUCAGGUACACCACAAGGGCUGUAGAAUUCACACCCACAACUACUGAAUCCGAGGCUCCAUCAACCCAACAAACAGAAAAUCCUACUGAGAGUGUCAAGUUCACCACAACUGUGUUUAGGCGCACUACAACUGCCACACUGACCACCGACAUUCUCGACAUUCUUGACGACGACUCUGAAUCGCUCCCCGUCCAACGAGGUGAUAUCCAUGUCCUAUCGCCACCCUUCCAUGACAGGCUGGUGUUUGAGAACGGACUUGAGUUUGUGCACAACAACCGCCUGAUGGGCUGGGUUUACCUGUGGACGCUGCCACCUAAUGGGGCUUACGUUGGGUUUCUCAUGGCUCUCCUUAUCCUUCUGCUGGCCACAGGCGUGGCCCUGAUUCUGGCUGCCAUGUAUGGGAUGUACCGUCUCAACGAGGCCAUGGAAGACCUAGUAGCAAUACUCACAAACAGGAAACACACCAUAAUAUCAGAGAGGAAGCAGAAAGACCAAGAUAAACUGUAGCAUCACCAAAUGUGAAGAUAUAGUAUGUGUCGAAAGUAUCAUUGUGGUGAAACAGUUUUGACAAGAAUAGUGGAAUAAAACCUUGGAAAUCUGUCAAUGUAAA